AGCGAGGUGAGGAAGAUUAUGUCAAAAAAUGAAUAAUUUUACAGAUGUGGAGAUAGUGGACAUGCAUUUGACAGAAACGUGUUGUGCAGUGUGACUCGCCACUCGCACUGGAAGUGACAAAGUGGUGCCAUUUGGUUUGGUGUUAGCGUGAACUUGUGCACUCGGGCCAGUGAAAUGUCUCGCAUCGUAAAAGGACUGAUUAUUUCCUCGCCUUGCAGUGUUCAGUUUGAUGCGAAGAGUCUGUAUUGGUUUAUCUGUGUAAACAUUAUACUCUUUAAUGUAAUUUCGUUACUAGUGAGAGUGUAUACUGUAUUUCGUUUCUGAAAUCCCGUGAUACAGUCGUAGUCAAAAUAAUGUGUACAUCAGAGUUAUUCAAACAUCUAUAUCAUUUGCACGGAGAUGCACCGCACCACUGGACAGAUGCAGAGGCGCUGCAUUGCGGUGGAGUUGUGAGCGGCGCCCGCCCCCGUACCCUGGGCGUCGCGGCGCCCAUGUGCGCGCUGUCAUCAUGGACUCGCGCAUCGGGCUGGACUACAUUGUCGAGAAUCCAGAGUACACGGCAAAGCUCGCGGGAGCCCUCGACACGCCCAACGCUACUGUCAAGAAACAGGUGUUGGAGCUUCUGUCCGCACUAUGCGUCUACAACUCGGACGGCUACGCGCGUGCGCUGGACGCCUUGGAGCACUACAAGGUACUGAAGGGGGAACGCUACCGGCUCAACGUUAUCGUAUCGGAGCUGCGCGGCGCCUCUGCCGUCGAUUAUCAGACGGCGCUAGUGGCGUUCAUCAACUGCAUCAUAAUCUCGACACCGCAGCUGAAGGACAGAAUUCGAAUCAGAAAUGAGUUCAUAGGUCUGAAGCUGCUGCCCCUGCUCAACGAGCUGAGGCGCGUGGCCGCUUCGGAACCCGACCUCGGCGUACAACUGGACGUGUUCGACGAGCAGCGGGAGAGUGACGAGGCGCAGAUUCUUCAGGGACCCAACGGCGUUGACCUAAACUCCCACCUUGACGUCUUCUACGCCAUCCUCAGACAGGUUGCGGACACUCCACAGGAGAUCCCGUUUCUCAGCAUCCUGCAGCAUCUGUUGCGAGUGGACCCACGUGAGGCAGUCAGUGACAUUGUGUGGGACGCUGCCGAGACACUGGUGCACCGGGCGACACUGCUCGAGUCGCGUCAGGACGCCAGCCGCCUGCUUCGUUCGCCUAGUCUCCAAGCCAAACUCUGUUGUCACUGUCACCGAGGCUCUGACUCACGCAAGCAGUCUCUGAACGCGCCGCCUCCACCACCACCACCUCCACCGCCACCACCUCUUGUACCCGGACCCCCACCUCCACCACUACCGCCCCCACUGGGGCCUUCACGAGCUUGCAGUGCUGGAGCCCCCACAAACAAAAUGGGGGGCCCACCCAUGCCACCCCCACUACUCAGUCCCCCAUCAAUAUCACCAGCUUGCAGUCCUGAGCCCUCUGAGAAUGGGGGUAAGUUGCUGCCACAGCAGGAGACACCCACCCCUCGCACAAAGAUGAAGACCAUCAACUGGAACAAGAUUCCCCAUCACAAGGUGGUAGGCAAGAACAACAUCUGGUCUCUGGUUGCACGCAGUCACCAGGACUCGCCCAUGGCUGAUCUAGACUGGGCUGAGAUGGAGGGUCUCUUCUGUCAGCAGGUGCCACCGGCACCAUCCUUGCAGUCCUCACCGCGGUUAGGGCGGGACCCACAGGACCCCGACCGCAGGCGCAAGGAGUCCUCAGAGAUUGCUCUGCUGGAUGGAAAGAGGAGUCUCAAUGUGAACAUCUUCCUGAAGCAGUUCCGCAGCUCCAAUGAGGACAUCAUUCAACUCAUCCGGGAUGGGGAGCAUGAUGACAUCGGGGCUGAGAAACUGCGGGGUUUGCUCAAGAUCCUGCCAGAGGUGGACGAGCUGGAGAUGCUGCGGUCCUUUGAUGGAGACAAGGCGAAACUUGGCAAUGCUGAGAAGUUCCUGCUGCAACUCAUAGAGGUCCCAAACUACAAGCUGCGUAUUGAGAGCAUGCUAUUGAAGGAAGAGUUCGCUGCCAACAUGGGCUACCUGGAGCCCAGCAUUAACUCCAUGAUUGUGGCAGGAGAGGAUCUGAUGACAAAUAAACCACUUCAGGAAGUCCUGUACAUGGUGUUAGUUGCCGGCAACUUCCUCAACUCGGGAGGGUAUGCAGGCAAUGCGGCAGGUGUGAAACUGAGUUCUCUUCAGAAGCUAACGGACAUUCGGGCCAACAAACCUGGCAUGAACCUCAUCCACUACGUUGCCUUGCAAGCAGAGAAGAAGCGUAAAGACCUCCUGAGGUUCCCUGAAGACAUGUCAGCACUGGAGGAUGCCACAAAGACAACAGUGGAACAGCUUCAGAAUGAGAUCAAUGCCUUGGACAUGCGCAUCAAGAAGGUUCGGAAGCAGAUUGACCUUCCAUCCACAGAGAAGGAGAUUAAGAUGCAAAUGGGAGAGUUCUUGCAGAUGGCAGAGCAGGAGGUAUCGGGAUUGCAGCGUGACAUGGAGGAGCUGGAAACUGUUCGCAAGACACUGUCAGAAUUCUUCUGUGAGGACACCGCCACAUUCAAACUUGAAGAGUGCUUCCGGGUAUUCCAUGGCUUCUGCGUGAAGUUCCGGCAAGCUGUCAUGGAGAACGAACGUCGACGUGUUCAGGAGGAGCAGGCCAAUGCUCGGAGAAGGCAGCGUGAGGAGCAGCUAGCUGCCCGCCGGCGACAGCAGAUGAGUGGGCAGCCUGCCUCGGAGUCGGAGUGUAAUCUUGUAGACUCACUGCUGUAUGACAUCCGGUCAGGAUUCCAGCAAAGCAAGGGGCUUGACAGCAACAACAGGGACUUCAGGACUCGCAAGCUGCAGAAUGGAGGCAUGACAUCAGAGGAAGACAUGUCAUCUGUCACAGGCUCACCACUGGUGGCUCGCCGCAGAAUUGGCUCAUUCUCAGGACCUGCAGGAGACCAGGCAAUGACCACUGGACGUGAUGAGGGCUAUUCCCCAGAUGAGAGGGGCCGACAGUUGCAGCGCCAUGGCUGCCGAGUCCGUUCAGAUGUCACACCAAAUGGAAGCCUGAGGCGUCGGCGUAGCAGAGUCCCAUCUGAGGAGGAUGACUCGAACUUAAUGGACUUCUUGCGGUCGUCUGGUCAUGAUGGAAGCCGUGAACGCAAAUCCUGGGGCAGUCUCGAUCGCUCAUGGGCCCGCCGGGCUCGUAGUGGGGGGCGGAAGCGUCCAGAUCUACUCAGUGCAGAUUUCUCUGGUGAGAGGGAGCGCCCCAGUUCACCUUCACCCCUUCUGGAGACAAAACCACUGCUGCCAUCUACACCACAGGGAGAUAGCAAGCCAAAGGCAUGGAGACAGAAGAUUGAGGCUUGGCUGCAGGAGAACGAGAAAGAGGAGAAGCAGAGCGAAGAGCUGAGACGUCGGUCACGGAGAGUCCAGAGUAACCGGCGUUCACUCGAAGCAGAUUCAGAGAGUGAGGGGAGGGGAAGUACACUGGACACUUUGCCUGAGGAGAAGUCCACCAGCACCCAGUACAAGCGCGUCUACUCUGACUGGCGGCCCACCAUUGAAAAGACGGAUGUUGUUGGUGCUAUGGAGGCGAUUGAAGAAGCACAGCCUCAGACACCAGUGAAAGACAAGUCCCCAUGGCGGAAGUCAAACCUCAACGUCCCAAACAGUGCCGAAGAGACAGAAUUGGACUUUCGACGUGUACGUCGGAUACGAUCUCGAGGCAGCAUGGAUGCUAGCUCCACAUCCUCCAAUCCUCUACAGUCAAUCAAGGAGGAGGACAAGAGGAAGGGCAUGAUUGGGUCGCUGGGAGACACGUCACAGGAGCAGGACCGACUGACACUGUACCUGGACCCCGCACGCUCCCAACUUCUGCACAAGUAUCGCCAUGUGCCGGGUGACUUGCUACGCUCAAUUGUGGGCGAGGAACCACCCACUGUGCCCCGGCGGCUCCGUCGCCCACCACGUGAUGAUCAGGGUGACAUCGAUGCCGAUAAUGUUGAGACACCACCUGCCACACGGCGUAGGCCUGUUGAACUAGAGGAAGAAUCGCUGGGAGAUGGUCAGUUUGAUCGGUUUGCAGCAGCACGACGCACACGGCGCUACAAGAAGACGUCAGACUACAGUUCAGACCGUGACGAGGAGCCACCACCUGCAAGGAGAACGGAGGUUGUGUCCCCAGAACUCGUGUCUGAGAAGCAGGUGAUCCGACCCACUAUGCUGCAGGUGGCAUCUGUGCCUGUGCCUGAGAAGUCCCCAGAGCAGGCUGAGGAUACCCAGACAAGGCUGAGAAAGUGGCAAGAGCGUCUCAAGUACCGUGGUGGGGUGCGGGAGGAGGACGCAGCACUGGCCGACAUCGCAACAGCUGGCCGUGAGUUACAGCAGCUUGAGCAGUUGCGGCCAGCCAGGACAGGCCAGAGGGACCGUGUCAGGAGUAUGAUUGACCCUCGACAGGUUGAAGAGGCACUAAGGUGCAGCAGGGCCUCUCCAACUGUCCCUGAACAGAAGUCAGGUGCAGGGAGGCUGAAGAGUGAGUUUAUUCCAGAAAUCAAGGUGCAUGCCACCACACCAAGCCAUGUCAAAGGACGUAGUGAACAUGACCUCAAUGACGAGGGAUUUGAGGAGACACAGAGCCUAGUAUCAGAGACUCCAAGCCAGGGCACCUCAUCUGAUGUAGUUGACUCACCAAGCAAGAGCAAACGUCGGUCGGGACGUGUCAUCCGUACAGACAGCAGUGGGAGCAGCAGCAGCAACACUGUACCAGUGUCUUCCCCUCCUGUUGCCAUCACGAAACCAACAGCUGCUGUUGCAAACAGAGCCAAGCUUGAGCCUCGCAAUGCUCUGGCACGGAGCAGCUCAGUGAGGGGAGAAGGCCGAGCCAGUGUAAUCCCCCGACGCACAGCCAGUCUCCGUAAGACAGACUCACAGGCCAGCCUGUCUCGACGAGAGCGCUCCAACUCGCGUACCAGUCUGCGCAGUUCCCGCAGCUCCCUCAAUAGUGCUGCCUCUGUGAACACAGUCAAGAAUGCCACAUCUUGUACUCCGCCACUGUCCAAGUCCUCCAGCCGCUCUAGUGUGCAGGGGACCCGGCUCUCUGGCUACACAACGGCCAUCAAGACCCUGACGUCCAACCUAUCGAAAGAUCCAACGCACCACCAGGCUUCCUCCCCUAAUAAGAAACCGCUGGGUCCAGUCCAGCUGAAGACUUCCUCCCAGCGGUCAGUCCCAGCCAGCCGCAGCUCUAGCAGUGGCAGUAGCAUUGGGCCCAGUGUACGUCGUCCUCGUGUCACUUCCGGUGUUAGCACUAGCUUUAAGGAGAAUGCCACCAGUACAACUGGACGGGCUGGAUCUGUCCCAGCCAGCCGUAGCUCCAGCAGUGGCAGCAGCAGCGUGGGACCGGUGGCCAGGCAGCCAGUUCAGCAGAGAGGUGGACUUGGUUUUAUGAGGCCAACUGCUGCCAGUGCUGCUAAGGACAGCAUUGGAUCAGACGCAACAAAAACGAAGAAAACCGUCAAGUGACAUCAUGCUGAUAACAGAACGGGCCGUUGCAAUUUAGAUGUGCACCACAACAGGAUGUAAGACUAACCACUCUAGUCAAGGAGUCUUGGUCAUAUUGUUUCUCUGUGUCACUGGGUUUAAGUCAUAUUUCUUGCAAAGAGAUUCUUGUGCAGAACAAAAAAGGUACAAACGUUUCGCGCGUCAGCAUCAGUCAGAAUGAGUGUACAUAAUCAUUAGGAUAUAAGCAGUAUAUGACGAUGCCAUAAAACAAUGUUAACAAAUUCUUUUACACCAAACUUACAUAAACAUCUAACAUUUUUAUAUCUAUUUUAUAUACAUCACAAACAUAACAGAUUAAACACCUCUUCUAACAGAAGGGAGCUGGAAGCCUGCCAGAUUUGGUUUUCUAGUCACUUCUUAAGAGACUGCACCUGGCAGGUAGGCUUGCAGUUCCAUAUUAACUCCCAGCACUAGUGUGUCCAAACUGCCUGUGAGGUUUUGAGCCUUUGUUGAAUUCAGUGAACCUUAAGUAACAGGGCCAGUAUUUAUUGCGCUUCCAGUUAUGACCCAGAAGCCUUUUACAAUUUUCUGUCUGGGUACCUGACUACUGUAUGAGACCUGAUCACCAUUUACAGUUUUCAUCCUAGUACCUGGCUACUAGCCUGAGACCUGGAAAUUAUUUACAGCUUCUGUCCUAAGACCUGACUACUAUUUGAGAUCUGAUCACUCUUUACAAUAUCUGUGCCAGUACCGGGUGAGACCUGGCCAGUGUUUAUAGUUUCUGUGCUAGCACCACAUGAGACCUGGCCACUGUUAACAGUUUCUGUGCCAGCAGCACGUGAGACCUGGCCACUGUUUACAGUUUCUGUGCUAGCACCACAUGAGACCUGGCGACUGUACAAUUUCUGUGUUAAUACAGGAACCCAACUAUUUGAGAACCUGCUGUCUCCAACUGUCUUAAUUAACAAGGUACAAAAUGGAGAAAGAUUCUUCCAAAGGAACUUUGAUCUGCAUGCAGACCUCACUCAUACCAAGGAGGUUGCAGUGGGCUCCAGGUAAAACUUGGAUGGGAGGAAGUUGAGAAAUGCACAGAAUUUUGAUGUGGUAUACCUCAAAAAUUGAGAAACUUAACUUAGAAUUAGAUGGCAGCAUAAUAUUAAAGUAUUAACUGAUGAUUUUAAAUAUUUGAUGACUGGCUUCUCUUUGGGCUUACUGUAUUUGUUAUAGACCAUGAAUUUGGAAACUUUUGUCAUAACUUUCAAAGGCAUGAACUUCGAAGACCCACAGGCAUGUUACAUCGAAAUGUUGACACACGCUGGAUCCAUUGCGGCAAACAAGUCUGGGUAGUUUGGUUCUGCGUGUCUGUAAAUUUUGUUAUUUAAAGAACCAUCAGCAGCCGUGUGUUUAUAUUGUACUUCAUUUUCAUCUUGACAGUUACCAGCCUUUGUGGUCCAGUAGUUAGCAUUCCUGGUUUAUAUAGACAGGGUCUUGGGUUUGACUGUGAACUGGAGAUUGGCCGUUCUGACAGGCUCUUUUGUUUGGGUUAUUUUAUGAUGCUGUUAGCAUCUUGGACUAUAUAGAGUCAAAUGGUAUGGCGUCUGUGGUGUGGCUGAGGUGGUUAGCUGCUGGUUUCCCACUGUGGCAGGCUGGGCUUGAGCCCAAGUCAGAUCAUGUGGGAUUUGUGGUGGACAAAGUGGCACUGGGACAGGUCUCUUCCACAAAUUCUCAUUCCACAAAAUGCUCCACACUCAUCCGUCAUGUGGUGCAGGUACAGGUAGUCCAAUUACUGGCCAACAUAACAAGUGGACUCAGCCUCAUUUCACCUCACAAAAUUAAACAAAAAAUGGGGUGAUUGAAAACUUGGAAAGGAUUUGAAAGGAAAUGGUCAUGGUCUAAGUGAGGUACUAUAUCUGUGGGGGUCUGAGGAAAUUCACCGAAGGCAUCAGUCAGCAUAACCAGAGUCCCAGCCAAGAUUCAAACUGUACAUCUCCCAAACAAAUGUCGACACUGUUACUGCCACACCAGGCUGUCCACCGACCAAGGUUUUCCAUGUGAUGUUUGAAAGCCUUAUGGCUGUGAGUAUGAAUAUUACUGUCAGUCAGGAUCAUCUUCCAUUGUCUGAGGAACUUUGUCCUGUGAACUUUGAAUAUGAUUCUGCAUUCUCAUUCGGAAGGUUUUGGGUCUGAUCCCUAGUCAGAUGUGUGUGUGCAUUCUUGCUGCUCAGAGACUGAAAUAUGUACGUCUACCAAAGGCAAACUUUUGGAAUGUGAAGCAUACUAGACCCCCCCCCCCACUUCCAUAUGAUUUGGAGUCCAUGUUAAGUUGCAAGUCUCUUCUAUGACCUAUCACUCUCAUGAUCACCCUAUCAUUCAGGGUAGCAGAGGCCCCCCCACCUGGGUACCUCCCAAAAGAAAUGGAUGCUGUGCCCUUGCUUAGAGGUGCAGAGACCAGAGGUCAAUAAUGACUAUAUCUGAAGGCACUAGCAACUUGGAAGCUACCACGAUUCUUAUAAACUAAUUUUUAAGCCAUUGAAGACUACUUUUACUGGUUGUCCUAGAGCAUUUAUGAUAGAAUAAUACAUUUUUCUAAAGAAUAAUUUUAAUUUCAAUAUUGAUAUUUUAAUAUAUUCUUCAGUUAUUUACUUUUACCAAAAAUGGGGGCCAGCACCUAGAGAAGAAAUAUAUACAUAUAUGGCUACUGAUAUUUUUUUAAAAUAACAAGUGAUGUUUGACUAUGUCUGGUUUUAGUUAAAAGUUUUUCAGGUUGCAUAUGCGACGUGCUGUAAGAGUUGGUUUUAAUAUGGGUUCAGUGAUGUGAAAUUGUUUCAGAACUUCAUACUCAUUAUUUCCUGAGGACUACAAAAUAGAUAAAAGUGUUCUACACGCCUUUUGAAGACUAAUAUUUGCUGAGAAGUGUGUUGGAUCGAAGACCCUUAGAACAGCAUACAUAGGUGGAGUUACCGUGAUUUUAGUCUAACCAGAUUGACUGUUGUUGUGAAGAGAUAACAAUAAAUACUGACAGUUUAAAGUUUACUUUUAUUUUCUGGUACAGAUUAAGUACCAGUACCUUUCUCCAAUCUUCAUAUCAGUAUUUUAUAAGGUGUUGUUUAAAGAGUAAAACUGAUGAAAUAUUUAAAACACAGGGGUAAUUAUGUAUACCAACUGCCUUAACAUUAAGAACAGGGAAUAAUUUUCCACAGUAUACUUCUGUGUUCUGUAUGAUUCUCAGAAUAAACAGUGAUGAUUUCCCCAAA